AUGGAUGAGCAGCAUGUAGCCAAACCAAAACAAAAUGGACAGGAAUCUCAGUCAACAGAAGUUAAAUUUAACUUACUUGCAACUAAAUGGAUCAAUCUUACCGCAAAACAUUUAUCGGGGGCGCUUGCGCAAGGACAAGCGUAUAUGGCCGCAGAGUUAAAGAAAUUAGUACAGGAAGACCUUGAAAAAAUGAAGAUUACUACAAAUAUGGAAAAAUUUGAUAAAACAAUACAAGAAGCUAAAAAAAGAUCUCCGGUUAACGAAAGAGUAGUGACUACACCAGAACAAGUAAUGAGAGGAGUGAGCUGUAAAGAGAAAGUAAAGGAGGGAGGAAAAUUGCGUGUAGAAUUUGAGAGAAUCAAAAAUGAAAAUGAAUUACUAUUAGAAAAAUAUGCAAGUUUGGCAAAACAGGUAAAAUAUAAGCAGGAGCAUUUAAGAAAGGAUUUGGAAAAAUACACAAAUGGAAUAGAUUAUAUCCGUUUCGAAAUCUAUAAGAGAGGAUGUGUUAAUAGAGGCAAUGGAUAA